AAUAAAUAAUAUAAAAAACCGUUAAAUAUUCCUAUCCCGCUAUGUAGGUAUGUAAAUAUCCCUGGCCGGAUAUAUAUGGAUACAUAAGUCAUACAACAAAAUCACUCAAAGGCAAGCUUUCAAGUUCAAUUUAAAAUAAUCAAAGGUGUACUCGUGAGGAACUUUUUUUUUGUCAUUUUAUUAUCCUUACUCAAAUUUCGUUUUAAAAUACAUUUGUCUUCUUUUGGAUUAUUUUUAUGUGUAUAUCUGGAUAACUUGCUCAACAGAGACCUCUCACUUGUAUAUAUAUAUACCCACAUAGUUGGCAGAAACUAUGAACUAGCUCUCUCUCUCUCUCUCUCUCUCUCUCUCUCUCUCUCUCUCUCUCUCUCUCUCUCAUUACAUAUUUAAAACGAGCUAGCUAGACUAUAUAGUGCCAUGAAAUUAAAAAUCUCCAACAUGUACCAUGUUUUCUCAAUCUGAAAAUUUCAGUCUCCAAUAGAUAAAACUACCCUAGCUUCUUCAAUAUCCUAAUCACCAAUAUCAAGAAGACGCGUGUAAAAAACCCACAAAAGAAAACAAAUUUAGAUAUAGCUACUCGAUAUCUCCAAAGCUUUACUUUCCCUCUUCUUUAAUUCUCAUUCUUCACUAUUCUCUCCCUAUUAUAAUAUCAUCAUCCUCGAUCCGCCUCUUAAUUUGUGGCUCAAAAAGUGAGAAAGCAAAAGAAAAUAAACCCUAAUUACUUUCUCCCUUGGCCAUGAAAACCGAAUUAAGAGGAAGCACUUCAACAACUUCUGUUUCUCUACAAAGCCCUAAUAACACUAAUAAUGUGUUCAUUAACAGUACUCCUCAAGGGUCUCUAGCUGGGGCUGCCCUUAGAGGAUGUCUAGGAAGCCUUGAUGGGGAUUGUAUAGAGAAGCUUUUGCUUCACUGUGCGAGUGCUUUAGAGAGAAACGACGUCACUUUGGCCCAACAAGUGAUGUGGGUUCUCAACAAUGUGGCCUCUUCAGUGGGUGAUCCUAACCAAAGGCUCACCUCUUGGUUUCUAAAGGCACUAAUCUCAAGGGCAUCAAGGAUUUGCCCUAGUACUAGUACUACCACUACUACUACUCCUUCUACUACAACAAGUACAGAUAUGUCAAACGGCGUCGUUCAGAGUACGAGGUUGAUGUCGGUAACUGAAUUAGCUGGCCGGUAUGUUGACCUAAUCCCUUGGCACCGGUUUGGAUAUUGUGCUUCAAAUAGUCUCAUUUUCAAGGCAAUUCAAGGCUACAAUAAAGUUCAUAUAUUAGAUUUUAGCAUCACUUACUGUAUGCAGUGGCCUACUUUGAUAGAUGCCUUAGCUAAAAGGCCUGAAGGCCCUCCUUCCCUUAAAAUUACCGUCCCUUCAUUCCGGCCACCAGUCCCUCCUUUGCUCAAUAUAUCUUCUCAUGAAGUUGGCCUCCGUUUAGCAAAUUUCUCAAAGUUUAGAGAAGUACCCUUUGAAUUCAAUGUUAUUGGAAAUGUUAUACACUCAUCAUCAUCACCACCUAAUUAUUAUAAUUCCUCUCCUGUUGAAAAUACUACUAGUCAUCAUGAUAAUGAAGAAUAUAACUCUUCUACCUUUCAAUUUGAAUUGCUUCUAACUCAUCUCAAUGCUUCUUCACUAAACCUCCAAGAUGAUGAAGCUUUGGUUGUAAAUUUCCAGAACUGGCUACGAUAUUUGCCUGACAAUAAUGACAAUAACAGCAACUCUUUACGUGACAGUUUUCUCAACACGAUUAAAGGCCUAAACCCAAGAAUUGUAGUGGUGGUUGAUGAAGACUCUGACCUAAACUCCUCAAGUCUCUCAUCAAGGAUAACAACAUGUUUCAACUAUCUAUGGAUACCCUUUGAUGCCUUGGAAACUUUCUUACCAAAAGACAGUUGCCAGAGGAUGGAAUACGAGUCGGAUAUCGGUCACAAGAUCCAAAACAUCAUCGGCUUUGAAGGGUUCCAAAGAAUAGAGAGGUUGGAGUCCGGUGCUACAUUGUCCCAAAGAAUGAGAAACGCUGGCUUUUUGAGCAUUCCAUUUGGUGAAGAUACAAUUAAAGAAGUAAAGGCUUUGCUUGAUGAACAUGCAAGUGGGUGGGGGAUGAAGAAGGAGGAAGAAGAUCAUAUGUUGGUGCUCACUUGGAAGGGUCACAGCUCAGUUUUUUCUACUGCUUGGGUCCCCAUAAUCACUAACUUGGAUGCUGAUGAUGAGGAUGAUUAAAUUAAUAUGGGCUAAUAUAUUUGUGGCCUGUAUAUAUAGCUAGCUAGUGUCUUAUAUUAAUUAAUUGAAAAAUGUUCACACAUGUGGGAUUAAUUAGUAGUGACUAGUAGCUAAUGUAUUCUUCAUUUGUGGUCCAUAAUCUUGGUAGAGGAAAUGACAAUGUAACAAGUUUGUCUAAUUUUGGUUAAAUUGUCAGGAAAAAGAGAAAGGAAAAAAAGCAGUACAAAAGGCCAGUUUGUAACGAGUUAUGUUCAUUUGCUGUGUAUAUAUAUGAGCAUAUAUAUGAAAUGGAAAGAAGAGAGAUUACACGUCUUCUAAUA